CUGGAACUGGUGAAAGAGACGGACUUCAGAGUGAGUUCGGGUGCAAAUAGCAGUGAUUCGGCGCAUCGCCUGCAGGCAAAGGAAGCUACUGUGACCUGUGUAACUUCUUUGAACAUAAUGACUUUUGAAGAGCUCGCAGGGGAUCAAAAAGCAGACAGGAUGGAUGUAGUGGGGAAAGCUCUGGAAGAAGUUUUGUCCUCCGCGUUAGCGCAAGGCUGCAUGACAGUCGGAGUGUACGAGGCAGCGAAACUCCUAAACGCGGAUCCUGACAAUGUUGUUUUAUGUUUGCUUGCCACGAAUGAAGGGGAUGACGUGGACGUAGCGUUGCAAAUUCAUUUUACUUUGAUACAAGCUUUUUGUUGCGAAAAUGACAUUAACAUCAUGAGGGUGAACAAUAUGCAUCGUUUGGCGGAGAUCCUCGGCGGGACGGACGGGGCAGACGAACCCAAAGAUCUCCAUUGCAUAUUGGUUACAAGUCAAAUAGCACCAUGGAAAGAUGGAGCCUUGAACAAAGUCACUUGCUUUUGUAAAGAAAGCCGAUACCUCGACCAGUGGGUCCCGAUUAUUAAUUUGCCCGAACGUUGAAGAUCUUUUAAUGGACUUUAAUCUCAAAGUUGGAUUUAAGAAAUUCAUUCACUUACGCGGGGUAGCUCCGAACGUUUUCAGAAUAGCCGCCCGAAAAGUUGGCGUUGGGACAUUAAGGUUGACUUUUUUUUUCGCAGAGGGCGGGCUCUGUGUAAUAAUUGUCUCUGAAGCUGGACUAUGACUCAGCUUCAGUUUGUGCCUGGAAAUAGUAAUGAGUAAGCAGACGGGAACUGAAGCAAAGCUUGAGCUGGUUUCAGUGCGGAGAGCGUAACAAUUUCCGGAAGAAUUGUGGGAGAAUUACGACUUUUCAUUUCGGGAAAAGAAAUGUUUUUAAAAAAAUGACAACUGGAUGGAUGGUGAACCGAUGUCGUUGGUUUCAUUUAGUUGUUCAGUAACAGCAAGGUGACAAAGAACUGAAAGCAAAGUUUUUAAAAAUGCAGACCUUUGGUGUGUUAAAGAAUUUAUAGUAUUUCAAUUGCAAAUAUGAUUUUCAUGCUGCUGUUAUAGUAUGAAAUUAAAUAAGUUAUUUUUGUGAUUUA